GAUCCAUAUCAAGAUCAAACAACAUCAAUGGAUAAUAUAGUGUUUAACCAUGAAAAAGGUAUGCUUGACUUAGAUCUGAGUAAUGAGAUAACUCUUUCUCUACGCAAAAUAGCUACUAUGUCAACUACUACUACACCUGCUAUAAAAAAAACAAUUCAUAAAAGAAAUCAAUAUUGUCAAAUUUGGAAACUUGCAUGUAAGGCAACUUCACUAGCUCAAGAAGUUUUUGUAAUGAUAGAACAAAAUUUCAUAGCUAAUCAAGAACAAAGCAGAAUUACAAAUCAGUCAUCUGAUCUCUCAACUAGCAGCCAAAGUAUUGACAAAGAAUCAAAUGAGUUAUACUUAACUGAAAUGGAUGGAAUAGAAGAAUUUGACACUAUUACAACUGAACCUGAGACACCAAACCUUGCUGAUAUUCAAAAUCCACUUCAUGUU